CCGCUCCGCGCCUCGCUCCCGCCGCCGCCGCUCUCGCACGCACACGCCGCCGGCGGGGCACAGCCGAGCCGGGCACCGCUCCGCGCUGGCAGCCGCCGCCGCGAUCCAAGAAGAGGCAAGAGUUUGCCCGCCCGAGGAUGGCCGGCUGCGGGCUCUCGGAAGACGCCUUCUUCUCCUCCUCCCUGUGCAACUACCCCGCGUCCUGGGAAAGCUCCUACAACCAGUGUGCUGCUCUGGUUGGUGAAGACCAGCCUCUUUGCCCAGAUCUCCCAGAACUUGACCUCUCCGAACUAGAUGUGAAUGAUUUGGAUGCAGACAGCUUUCUGGGUGGACUCAAGUGGUACAGCGACCAAUCAGAAGUUAUUUCCAAUCAGUACAACAAUGAAUCAUCAAAUAUAUUUGAGAAGAUAGAUGAAGAGAAUGAGGCAAAUUUGCUGGCAGUUCUCACAGAGACACUGGACAGUAUCCCUGUGGAUGAGGAUGGAUUGCCUUCAUUUGAUGCACUGACAGAUGGAGAAGUGACCAAUGAAAAUGAUACUAGCCCUUCACCAAUGCCUGACGGCACCCCUCCAGCUCAGGAGGCAGAAGAGCCGUCUCUACUUAAGAAGCUCUUGCUGGCUCCAGCCAACACUCAGCUAAAUUACAAUGAAUGCAGUCGCCUCAGCACACAAAACCAUGCAAACACUAAUCACAGGAUCAGAACAAGCCCUGUGGUUGUUAAGACCGAGAAUUCAUGGAGCAAUAAAGCAAAGAGCAUUUGUCAACAGCAGAAGCCACAAAGACGUCCCUGCUCUGAGCUUCUCAAGUAUCUGACUACAAAUGAUGACCCUCCUCAGACCAAACUGACAGAGAACAGGAACAGCAGCAAAGACAAAUGCAACUCCAAAAAGAAGCCCCAACUGCACUCUCAGGCACAUCAUUUGCAAGCCAAACCAACAAGUUUAUCACUUCCUUUGACACCUGAGUCACCAAAUGAUCCCAAGGGUUCCCCAUUUGAGAACAAGACUAUUGAACAAACCUUAAGUGUGGAACUCUCUGGAACUGCAGGCCUAACUCCACCUACGACCCCUCCUCACAAAGCCAACCAAGAUAAUCCUUUUAGGACUUCACCUAAGCCGAAGUCAUCAUGCAAGACUAUUGUACCACCUCCAAAAAAGCCUCGCUAUAGUGAGUCUUCCAGUUCUCAAGGAAAUAACCCAAUCAAGAAGGGUGCAGAUCAGUCUGAGCUGUAUGCACAGCUCAGCAAGACAACAGUACUGUCCAGUGGACAUGAGGAGAGAAAGACAAAACGGCCUAGUUUGCGGCUGUUUGGUGACCACGACUAUUGUCAGUCUGUGAAUUCAAAAUCAGAAAUACAUAUUAAAAUAUCCCAGGAACUUCAGGAGUCCAGACAACUAGAAUUUAAGGAUUCUUCACCUGCAUGGCAGUGUCAGAUUUGUUCUUCUUUAGAACAAGACCAGUAUUACAAGAAAGAGACUUUACAGACAAAUAAGCAGGGUUCCCACUGCAAUAAUAGAAAGCAGCUCCAAGACCAGGAAAUCCGGGCUGAACUGAAUAAGCACUUUGGUCACCCCAGCCAAGCUGUUUUUGAAGAAGAGGCAGAUAAGACCAGUGAACUGAGGGACAGUGAUUAUAGUAAUGAACAGUUCUCCAAACUACCUAUGUUUAUAAAUUCAGGACUAGCAAUGGAUGGUCUCUUUGAUGAUAGUGAAGAUGAAAGUGAUAAACUAUGCUACCCUUGGGAUGGGACUCAAACCUAUUCUUUGUUUGAUGUAUCGCCUUCUUGCUCUUCUUUUAACUCUCCAUGCAGAGAUUCAGUGUCUCCAUCCAAAUCUUUAUUUUCUCAAAGAUCCCAAAGGAUACGCUCUAGAUCAAGGUCCUUUCCUCAACGCAGGUCUUGUUCCCGUUCUCCAUAUUCCCGAUCGAGAUCAAGAUCGCCAUGUAGCAGAUCCUCUUCAAGAUCUUGUUACUAUUAUGAGUCCAGCCACUGUAGACACCGAGCAUACAAAAGUUCUCCCUUACAUGCAAGGUCACGAUCCAGAUCACCCGGUAAUCGUAGACCCAGAUAUGACAGCUAUGAGGAAUAUCAGCAUGAAAGGCUGAAGAGGGAAGAAUACCGCAAAGAGUAUGAAAAACGGGAAUCGGAAAGGGCCAAACAAAGGGAGAGGCAGAGGCAGAAAGCUAUUGAAGAACGUCGUGUGAUAUAUGUGGGUAAAAUCAGACCUGACACAACUCGAACAGAACUGAGGGACCGCUUUGAAGUUUUUGGUGAAAUUGAGGAGUGCACAGUAAAUCUACGGGAUGAUGGAGACAGCUAUGGUUUCAUCACCUACCGCUAUACUUGUGAUGCUUUUGCUGCUCUUGAAAAUGGAUACACUUUACGCAGGUCAAAUGAACCUGACUUUGAGCUGUACUUUUGUGGACGCAAGCAAUUUUGCAAGUGUAACUAUGCAGACCUAGAUUCAAACUCAGAUGAUUUUGAUCCUGCUUCCACUAAAAGCAAGUAUGACUCCAUGGAUUUUGAUAGUUUACUGAAGGAGGCACAGCGAAGCCUGCGUAGGUAACAUGCAUCACAUCCGAGGAUAAUGGAGGGAUGACGAAUACCUCACGGACAUCAUGUCCUUCAAUAACAGACAAUUAAAAAGUCAUAAUUAGGAAUUUCUCCUACUUUACACUCUCUGUACAAAAACAUGGUUUACAUGAACACAGCUGCUCGAAGAAUGAAGAGGCAAAAUGGAUAUCCAGUAAGCACAUGUGUACCCAUGGGUGUCAGUUUUGCUUUCCGGGGUGUUUGGUGGCAAGGGAUUCUGGUGUUCAUAGAGAGUACAAGUGUAAACCACUUGCAAUGGCAGCAGUUCCAUAGAGAUACGCUUAAAUGUCUAACUUCAAAAUGUGUAUAUAUUGCCUUUUAACAAGACAAAAACAAAAAAAGCAAAUUGUGAACUACAACUGCUGAUGUCUGGGAAUCAGGCACUGCAUUCUUUUCUUUCUUUUUUUUUCUUCUUUUUCUUUUUUUUAUUUUUAAAGAAGCUUCUUCUCACCAUGCAAUGAUAAUAUGACAAUCCAGAAGAAACCACAAGUCAUAGAAGCCUGCUGUCCUUUUAUUUUUCCUCAUGGAGAAAAUGAAAGGCUAAAACUUUUCUAACAUUUUGAAGUUUCAUCUUUUAAUUCUGACACCCAUGUAAAUGUCCACAACGAUGAUCUUCCACAGCAGAAAUUUCCAAGCCUUGUUAAUGGUCAAGUGUGCAGCUUGUUCAGCGAUUUUACUCUGAUAAGUGGACAUGGUAUUACAUUAUUAAUGAGAGUUGGGUAUAACUAUCUGGAGUGUGUACAGGUAGUUUAUUUGCUACAUUCUCUAAAGUAGUUGAGUAUUUACAAAUGUUAAAUGGAGUAUUUUUAUUUUGUGUACAUACUGUAUGACAAUGUUCUUUUUUGUUACAGCUAUGCACUGUAAAUGCAGCCUUCUUUUAAAAAAACUGCUGAAUUUUUCUUAAUCAAGAAUAUUCAAAUGUAAUUAUAUGAAGUGAAACAAUUAUUGUACACUAACAUAUUUAGAAAGCUGAACUUAUGCUUAUAUAUAUUUGAUUGUAAAAAAAAAGAGAAAAGUGUGUGUAUGUGUGUGUGUGCGUGUGCGUGCGUGUGUGUGUGUUUGUUGAGUGCAAAAAUAUUAAUGCUUUACUCACAUUCAUCCCUUGUUUGGUGAGCUUCUGUAAGAAUUUGUCAAGAACUAUCCUAGCCCAAAAGGCAUUAACCACUUCUGCAAUAUUUUUCCACAUUUUUCUCAUGGCUUGUUUUUCUUUUGCAGUUUUAUACACUGAAUUUGUUAGGGGAAUGAAAUUUUCUCAUCUAAAUUUUCUAGGAGAUAUCAUAAUUUUGUGUCAAGUCUCUCAACUGGGUAAUCAUUAAGAAAUGUUUUUAUUUAUGUCUCAACAGUAAUUUUGGAAUGAGAAGUUUAAAUCUUUUUAAAAUGCUGUUUUGUUUUAUUUUUUGUGAUUUUCAUUUGAUAAAAAAUGCUGAGGUAUUAAGUACAGUAUGAUUUUUAUGAUAAUUCUGUGUGUCUAAACACUGUUCUUGAAGCCAGUAAUCUUUUCAUUAGCAAAGUUUAAUGAUGGUAUUUAUCUAUAUUUUUUACAGUUAUGCAUCCUGUAUAAAUACUGAAUCUUCAUUCCUUUGUUUACUAAAAAGACAUAUUUAUCGGUUACAAUUAUCCUAUUUAUUAUAAAUUAUGAGAUGACUAAAAUAAUAAAAAGGCCAGUGGAAAUUUUAUACCUAGGAUGCAUGACGGUUGUCAGGUUGGAGUAAGUGCUUCGUUUGGAAAAUUCAGCUUUUGCAGAAGCAGUGUUUUUUUUUUUACUAUGCACUAGCAUGGCCUCAGAUGUGCCCAUGACAUUGUUGUUGAUGACAUUGCUUCUGCUAAAUUAAAUAGAAACUUCAGGAAAAAACCUACCAUUCUGAGCAUCGGGAUUUCAUCAGAACUUGGAGCCUGUAGACUGAAUCAGUAAAGUUUGGAGGCUGCUUGCAAGUUUAUAUAGAUUGGUAUUCUAUUACUGUUUGGCAUUCAUGACUUCUUUUAAAGAUAUGGCACACCUACCUAUUUAAUUUCUCUUCUCACCCCCUGUCUUAGAAAACUGAUUUCACCCCCAAGCCAAUGCAGCUGAUUUUGAUAGCUGCACUCAUUUUAUCACCAGCAUAUUGUGUUCUGAGAGAUUCCACUGUCUGUCCUGUCGGAUGCUUGCUUGAUUUUUUGGCUUUAUUUCUGAGUAGAUAGAUAGCAAUAAAAAAGAACUUUUUCACAGGUUCUGUGUUACAACUGUAACAUCAUUUAAUCUGCGUAAUUCUUGUUGCUCCGUAGGUUAAAAUGCAGGUAUUUUAACUUUGAUUGUGUGAAUGCCAAACUAAAGUUUACAACUUUCCUUUCUGGAUUUUGAGUAUCUUCUGUUGUAAAGAAAAAAUAUUAAAAGCAAUAAAUUAUUUUUAAGAAAUCAAUAUUUAGUAUAUCAUAUUAUGUGUUCAAGGACCAGAUGCAUUACCUAUUUUGCCUUUAAAUUUCUGUGAUUAAAUUUUAAAUACAUUCUAUUUUGCCCUGGAUUGCUGACAUGAAUAAAUUGGUGUGCUUUUUUUUCCUCUCCAAGCAGACAUUAUGUCACGGUUCAUUUUUUUUUUACUGGCCUGACAAAUAUUCUCAUCUUGAAGAUGGCUUUCCUCUAUGGAUUUACAAAUUACAUAUGAAAUUAACGUAGAACUAGGAUUGCUGAAUAAUCUGAAUAAAGCUAUUUGUAUCUUUUGUAGUCACCGUAGGUUGCCCAUCAAAAUGUAAGCUUGGUGUUUCCUUUUUUAAGAGAAUAUUUUCAAAUUAGUACACAAAUCAUAUUGUCAUUGGAGGCAAAUUGCAGCAUAGCUCUAUAUGUCUUUUAGAUGAAGAUCGUACUCUUGCUUCUAAACUGUGGUAAGUACCACAUCUGCAAUGCUGGUAACAGAACUGGUACUUGGAAACUACGGUCUUUUCUAGAGAUGUAAAAGAGUAAUUUCUACAUAAUGCAAAAUGAUACAAAGCCAAAUGGAAGGAGCAUAAAACUGGGGGCGGGGGGGGAUAUCAGUCUGUGCUCAAUAACUCCAAACAACAUUGGUUACCACUGAUAGCAGCACAGAGAGGAAAGUUUGUGCCUCUGGGUUAUACCAGUUGGGUCAGUUGAAAAAAAAAAUACCUCCUUUACAUCCCUUUAGAUGUAAGCUUACAGUAGGUAAUGAUUAUGUGUCCUUUUUGAUGGCUGUAAUGAGAACUUCAAUCAUUGUAGUAUAAGAUCUGAUCUAUAAAUGACCUAGAAUAGCCAUGUAAUAUAAUGUGAUUAUUCUAAAUUUGUACUUAUGUGACAGGCAUUUUCAAUAAUGUGAACCACUGAUCUGAUGGAGCUACUGUAAAAUGUGUACAGUAGGUGAAUGUGUAAAACUAUUGGUUGGACUAUGCUGAACAGGGAAAGUAAGCUAUUAGUUUAGCCCAAGCUGGGCUAUUUUCCACCUGCCAAUUCUACCUGUACUUUUGUGGUUUAAUCCAUUGUAUAAAAAUUCCUGUGAUAUUUUUUUUAAAUGUGCAGUACACAUCAGCCUCACUGAGCAAAUAAAGGGAAACGAAUGUUUCAAAUCCA